AUGGCUCGUAGAUACGAUGCAAGAACAACUAUUUUUUCACCAGAGGCCAUAUCUCAUGCCGGUACAGCAUUAGGCAUCCUUGCAUCAGAUGGUAUUGUAAUUGCAGCAGAGAAAAAAGUAACUUCUAAAUUAUUAGAACAAUCUGCUACAAGUGAAAAAAUCUACAUGUUAAAUAAUAAUGUAGUUUGUGGAGUUGCAGGAAUAACAGCCGAUGCCAAUAUUUUGAUAAAUUAUGCAAGGCAAGCUGCUCAACAAUAUUUAUUUGUUUACGAUGAAGAUAUUCCAGUAGAACAAUUGGUUCAAAAAUUAUGUGAUUUGAAACAAGGAUAUACACAAUAUGGAGGUCUUCGUCCUUUUGGUGUCUCUUUUAUUUAUGCCGGUCAUGACAGAAAUUAUGGAUUUCAACUUUAUCAUUCUGAUCCAUCCGGGAAUUAUGGUGGAUGGAAAGCAACUUGUAUUGGAGCUAACAAUGCAUCAGCUCAAUCAUUGUUGAAACAAGAUUACAAAGAUAACAUUACUCUUAAAGAGGCCAAAGAAUUAGCAGCUAAAGUUUUAAGUAAAACGAUGGAUUCGACUACUUUAACUAGUGAAAAGUUGGAAUUUUCAACUAUCAGUUUAAAUGAUGAAGGUAAUAAAGUUGUUUAUCAUCUUUAUAAACCUGAUGAAAUUGAUGCUUUAUUAAAAGAAUAUAACUUAGGAGGUCAAGAAACAGAAAGCUAA